AUGGACGGCGAAGCCCAGGGUGCCUCUCUGCUGCAGCCGGGGGCCCCCCCGUCCGCAGCAGCAGCAGCAGCAGCAGCAGAGGGUGCCCCCAGCGCAGCAGCAGCAGCAGCAGGGGUCGACUGCUGCCCCUCUUCGCCUGCUGCUGCUGCUGCUGCUGCUGCUGCCUCCCCCGAUCUCUUCCCAGCGGCCAAGGGGGCCCCUGGGUCCCCCAGUUCUUGUGCAGCAGAAGCUUCUUCGGGGGCCCCCGAGUGUGGGGCCCCCCUGGGGGCCCCCCUUUCACCGGGGGCCCCCCCUUUAACAGGGGCCCCCGAACUGGAAGGGGGCCCCCCAGUGGAGGGGAGGGCCCCCGGGGGCCCCCCCACCCCGGGGGCCCCCCAGGGGCCUUCCGAGGGGGCCCCCCAGGGGCCCCCCGAGGAGGCCCCCCAGGGGCCCCCCGGGGGGCCCCCCGAGGCCGUGGAGGAAGAGCUGGCAGUGCUGCCUGGGGCGAGCGAGGAGGAGCGUGCUGCAGCAGCAGCAGAGGAGCGCGCAGCAGCAGCAGCAGCAGCAAGGUGGCCGCAGCCGGGGCCGCUGCAGUUCCGUUUGGAAGCAGCAGAUGGAAGAGCAAGAGCUGCUGUGCUGCAGCUGCCGAGCUGCAGUGUACAUACACCUCUCUUCAUGCCUGGCCCCACAGCGGGUCAGCUGCUGACGCUGCACAACUUGUAUUAUCUUCAUGACCUCUGCAGCAAAAUGCGAAGCAGCAUCAAAAAGAAAAGUUUCAAAAAGUUUGUUGAAGAGUUUUUGCUGCUGCGGUACCCCAGGCAAACGCCCCCAGACACCCCGCCAGCUGCUGCAGCAGAAGCAGCAGAAACAGCGGAACCGCCCGCAGCAGCAGCAGCAGCAGAACAAACAGCAGCAGCAGCAGCAGCAGCAGCAGCAGCAGCACAGCAAGAGUUGGAGAAUGCUCGCAGCAGCCCCCGCUCCCCCAAGCGCCGCAAAGUGACCCUCCCUUGUACCCCUGUGGGGUGUACAGACACCCCGGGGGGGUCCCCCGGGGGGCCCCCGGGGGGCCCCCCUGGGGUGUCUGUACACCCGAAGCCGCCGCGGUGGUUCCGCGACGCUUUGCUGCUGGCGGGAAUAGACAUUAGUCAUUUAUAUUUGGAGUUUGGAGAUGAUGAAAGGGCAGUUUGA